GAACCACAGACACAGAGAGAGGCUUCAUUCCCAGCCCAAAGAUCCAGCCUAACGCAUCCAGCGCGAAAAAGAGAAACCCCGAUGUGUGUGCGUGCGCGUUUCCUCCUGCCGUUUUGACGCGUGAAUCGAGGCCACCAGGAUUGAGGAGAUACCGGGCCCUGCACGCUGGACCUGAACGUUACAUUUCGUUAAAAAAAAAAAAAAAAAAAAAAAGAAAAGAAAACGCGGUCUUCUUGCUGGCAUGCUGUGAGAAUUAUACCUCUGGUCACCCACCCCCCAGGCUUUGAAAAAUACCGAUAAACUGAACACAGGUCGUAUUACUGAAACAAUCCUUCGGUCAUGCUGCGCACCUGCCAGACCUCCGCUCCCGGACCGGACUGUUAAAGACAAGAAAGGCAACUUUUGGGGGGAAGAAGUUGCCAUCAGAUCGUUUGUUGACGAAGCAGGGGUGGAGGGGGCAAACUAAGUCCCUCCAUUGAGUAGAAUCACCUUUUUUUUCUUCACAUUUUCAUCCUUGAUAGGAAGGCGAAACGGCGACUUCAGUUGAUUAUCUGUCUUUCCUUUGCUAUCCAAUGGAUAUUCACUGCAAAGCAGACCCCUUUACCGCGAUGCACCGGCACGGAGGUGUGAACCAGCUCGGCGGGGUGUUUGUGAACGGCAGACCCCUCCCGGACGUGGUGAGGCAGCGGAUAGUGGAACUGGCCCACCAGGGAGUCCGGCCCUGCGACAUCUCCAGACAGCUGCGAGUCAGCCACGGCUGCGUCAGCAAGAUCCUGGGCAGAUACUAUGAGACUGGCAGCAUCAAACCAGGGGUGAUUGGUGGGUCUAAACCUAAAGUGGCCACGCCAAAGGUCGUGGAAAAAAUCGCAGACUACAAAAGACAAAAUCCAACCAUGUUUGCCUGGGAGAUCAGAGACAGACUGCUGGCAGAGGGCAUCUGCGACAACGACACUGUUCCCAGCGUCUCAUCCAUUAACAGGAUCAUCCGAACAAAAGUCCAGCAGCCUUUUCACCCCUCUCCUGAUGGGUCAUCCCUGUCAACACCAGGCCAUACCAUAGUACCAAGCACAGCCUCUCCGCCUGUAACCAGCGCCUCCAAUGACCCUGCAGGAUCCUACUCCAUCAAUGGGAUUCUGGGUAUUCCACGAUCCAAUGGUGAAAAGAGGAAAAGAGAUGAAGAUGGUUCAGAUGGUUCUGGCCCAAACAGUGAUUCUCAGGGUAGUGUGGAGAGUUUACGGAAACACCUGAGGGCAGAUGCCUUCACCCAGCAGCAGCUGGAAGCGCUGGACCGGGUCUUUGAACGCCCCUCGUACCCUGACGUCUUCCCUACAACGGAGCAUAUCAAACCUGAGCAGGCUAAUGAGUACUCGCUCCCUGCCCUGAAUUCCAGCCUGGACGAAGUCAAGCCCAGUUUAUCCUCUAGCGCCAACCCAGACCUGGGCCCCAGCGUGUCGCAAAGCUACCCUGUAGGUCGGGAUAUGGCCAACACAACCUUACCUGGGUACCCCCCCCACGUUCCCCCCACAGGCCAGGGCAGCUACCCAACCUCCACGCUUGCUGGAAUGGUUCCUGGGAGUGAGUUUUCGGGGAACCCCUACAGUCAUCCACAGUACACAACCUACAAUGAAGCCUGGCGAUUCAGCAACCCAGCAUUACUAAGUUCCCCUUAUUAUUAUAGUGCCGCAUCGAGAGGCUCCGCCCCUCCCACUGCUGCCACUGCCUAUGACCGUCACUAGUUACCAUGGAAACCAAAUCAACCUACAGGACCAUGGCCUCAGCCUCCAUAUUGCCCCCGUGUGAGCAGCAUGGUCCACUGGACACUGAGCAACUGCGCAUAAAAUGUUCCCCGGCUCACACAACGAGACACUUAACAGUUUUUUGGGAUUCCAGACGACUUCUCUCCUCUCUCCUCGCAGCUUUUUUGGACACUCAAAGCCAAAAAAAAAAAACAAAAAAAACAAAAAAAACAAACAAACAAACAAAAAAAUAAAACUACAAGACAUCAUCAGAGACAUCAUCACCUAAAGAUGCUACACAAACGAUGAUAAUUGUGGCAAAUUGCAGUGAUUUAAAGAAAUAAAAAAUAAAAAAAAAAAGACUGAAAACAAAAAUAUCCAGAAUUUAUUUCCCCCCUGUAGCAGUGUCACAGUUUCAUCCCAUCAUGGAUCAAUACUGUACAUUCCUUUUCUUGACGGCUCCCAGCAGGGACGCUGUCCGGAGCAUAAAAUGUAGCAGCAGCCUUUUUCUUUCUCCCCCCCCCCCCCAAUUCAACUCCCACUUGAUUCAAAUGGCAGCGCAGUGAGAUCAGAGGAGAUUAGCAGCGGCACAUGCAAGACUGUGGCAGGCUAACGUUGUUUUUAUCCAUCUGAACAGUCACCGACCAAACAUCCAGCAUGAGUAAAAUCGAUCACUUUUGAUGCCAUGAGAAGAUUAGGACAUGUUCUCUGUGAUACACAAUCAAGAUGUAAAAAUGAAAAUGAAAUAAAUAAAGAAACAUCAGUUUGAAAAUAGAGGGAGCCAUGAAAAUAUAUCACCAUGGCCCACUAUUUGCAAGAUUUCAAGAAACUAGUAAAUAUAUUCUUAAAAUAAUUUUUUAAUUUCAUUUUUAUAAUUCGUAACAACUAAACUGCAGACUGCUUGGCUAGUGUUUUACUAUUUCUUAUUUGUCAGGAUACAAGAGGUCAUCAGGCAAAACCUUUGUGUUUUUUGUCUUUUUUUUUUGUUGUUAAUUUUGCACUAUUUUGGAGGUUUGCAACACUGGAGCGUUAUUAUGCAGAAAAAUGAUGAUGCAUAUUUGCUUUAUUUCAUGAAGAUGACUGUAAGUCUAAUAAGUCUCAGUCUGUUAAAGGCACUUACAGUUUCACUGUUUUUUUUUUUUUCUCCAGUACUUCAAAACCCAUUAUGUCACUGCCUUGACAUGCACUAUACUAUUUUCCCACAGCUUCCAUUUUUUCUAUUUAAGUUGAUUAAGUCUUUGGCAUUCAACCACAGAAAAGGAUAUAACAGCCAUCCCAAGUCAAACCAGUGUCAUCAUUUGUCUAGUUUGAUGCCACAAGCGUCCAGAUUCACUCUGAUAGGAUGAUUCUGACGACUCCAAUAAUGUCAAAAAGCAGGGCGACGUUUUCAGCUAAAUGCCUUAAACAUGUUCCCUCCUAACUUCAGCUCCCUCACAUGUUUCAGGCCAAGUCAUUUCUUUGAAUCAAGCUGGAACGAUGGUUUCUUCAUCUGUCAAGUGAAUGUAUUUGCAUUUGCCAAAGACUUAGUUCUUGUUAAUGUUUAUUUACAGGCCGCCGAUAUGCAUCAUGAGAGCAGUAUUAUUAUUAUUAUUAUUGUUAGGAAAAACCCACGUUGUUCAUGAGGAAAGUAUAUGUAUAAAUUCUAUGCAGUGCAGAGAUGGUCAUCAUAUGCAUAUUCAGCUGUAAACCUAAAGGUAGGUGGAGUUUAUUUAAUUGUUAUGUUAUUUACAAAUUGUUCAUUUUGUAGGUUUUUUUGUGUGUGAUGUGAAGACACUUCUCUGUAAAUACAGUAAGAAAAAAUGUCUUUCAUGUUCAUGGGUAUUAUCACUUUCAUUACGCUGGUCUCACUUGUACAAUAAUAAAAGUGUCUGAAAUCUUUUACGCAAAAGGGGCUGCAUGGUGUUUCUGACUGUCUGGAGUAGAGCUGAAACAAUUAGCUGAUAGAGAGAAGAUUGGGUGACAACGUUUCUGAUGACUGGUUAAUCAGUAUAGGUUUUUUUUUUGCUGGUUUCAGCCACUCAAAAGUACGGAUUUGCUGCUUUUCUCCAUUUCAUCUCACUGUGAAUUGAAUAUCUGAGUUUUAGACUACUGAUCAGACAAAAAAGCUACUUGAAGAUGUCAAUUUGUACUCUAGGAAGUUGUUAUAGGCAUUUUUCACUAUUUUGCACAUUUUUUAUUCUAAAGGAUUCAGCAUUUUUUUUUUUAAUUAAUAGAUGAAAGCAAUCUUUAUU